AUGCUGCCUCGCUUCGCCCACGCCUCCCGAGCUGUAACAACACCACAAGCACAGCUCUUCGCUCCUCUCAAACGUCUUCACCAAUGCCCCGCGCUCGACAGCCCGACCUGCUCACGACCGUUCUCCCGGCGCUCAAGCUCGUCGGCCUCCUCGUCCUCGCCUACCUCUUCUUCGACCACUUCCUGCUCACGAUCCUCUUCGCGCCUCUCACCGCGCUCUUCGCUCUAUUCAACAACUUAUUCGGCAUCCUUAUCGUCUUCGCGGCGCUCCUUUACGUCGUCGUCUUCCGCGUUCUACCAGCCGCCCAAGCCCGACCCCAACUCCAAGACAAGUCUGCAUUCGGGGCACCACCGAAACACCCCAGCGUUCGACGGGCCGGGCGGCGCUAGCGCAGAGUGCGCUGAUCCGCCGCAGAACGCGCUCAGCCCACCACCGGCGGAUUCGCCGGGCUCACAGGUGCUGGGCAAGAUUGAGCAGCGCCUGCAAAUCACGUUCACCUGCACCGUCACGGACUGCGGCACGCGCUCGUCGCACGAGUUUACGAAGCGGUCCUACGAGCGCGGAAUCGUCAUCGUGCAGUGUCCAGGAUGCCAAAACAGGCAUCUCAUCGCGGACCAUCUGGGGUGGUUCAAAGAGUCCACUGAGGAUGGUAAACUUCGUACGGUCGAGGAUCUCAUGCGAGCCAAGGGCGAGCAGGUCCGCCGGGGCCACAUUGACGGGAGUGGCGAAGUCGUCGAGUAUGCACCAGAGUCUUGAGCUUGGCAGGGGACCGUGCGCUCUCCCCUUGAAUUCAUGCCACGGCUCAUUUUGGACCAC